AUGGAGUUGGAAUGGGAUAUAGUCCUCUCCACACUGCAGGAACUGUUGGGUGACCUGUCGCCUGUCGGUGAAACCAAAGUGCCAUGUGGUGGUGAGCAACCGGCGCACACUGGUGGUCUGGCAUCUGUCGGGCUGCAGGAAAGUCACCCGCCACAUGUGACUGGAGGUGGGCUUGGAGCGCUGGGUUCCAGAACUGAUGUGGUACAACAAGGCGGAUGCUACUUGCCAGUCGUCACAGUGGACCCCGGGUGCUACCAAAACUGCCUCCCACCUAAUGUGGGAUACAGGCCGGACUGUGGUGGUCGACUGGCUGAACGCCAGAACAUCUUCUGGCUAGUAACGGAUUCAGUCAACAGUGGCGCUCAGAGUUACCUCGAAGCCAUGAAUGGAGUGUUUCAAGUCGCCACGCCAUCGCCGGGUCCCGUGACAUCUCCACCGACGAACCACGUGAACCCCAGGAACAGAAUGGAGCCCAGUUGUGUUGACAUGGAGUUGGAAUGGGAUAUAGUCCUCCCAACACUGCAAGAACUGUUGGGUGACCUGUCGCCUGUCGGUGAAACCAAAGUGCCAUGUGGUGGUGACCAACCGGCGCACACUGGUGGUCUGGCAUCUGUCGGGCUGCAGGAAAGUCACCCGCCACAUGUGAUUGGAGGUGGGCUUGGAGCGCUGGGUUCCAGAACCGAUGUGGUGCAGCAAGGCGGAUGCUACUUGCCAGUCGUCACAGUGGAGCCCGGAUGCUACCAAAACUGCCUCCCACCUAAUGUGGGAUACAGGCCGGACUGUGGUGGUCGACUGGCUGAACGCCAGAAGAACUUCUGGCCAGUAAAGGAUUCAGUCAACAGUGGCGCUCAUAGUUACCUCGGAGCCAUGAAUGGAACGGGAGUGUUUCAAGUCGCCACGCCAUCGCCCCGUCCCGAGACGUCUCCACCAAGGAACCACGUGGACCCGAGCGAGCCUACAAAGCACAAUGGCCCCUAUAUCCGAAGGCCACCCAACGCCUUCAUGAUUUUUAUGAGGGAGAACAGGGAACAUGUCACAGCCACAUUCAACCCAAAACACAGUGUUGAAGCCAACAGCAUCCUGGGACAUAUGUGGAAGUCCAUGACGUCGGAGCAGCAGCACAGGUAUUACCUGCUGGCCGCAGAAGAGAGGCGGAAACAUGAAGAGCGCCACCCCAAUUGGUCCAGCAAAGACAAUUAUGGAAGGAAAGUCAAAAGAAAAAGGACCAAAGCGAAGGCGGCCUAAGCUGUGGAAGGCGCCACCCCAACUUUACACAUUCCACACUCCCUUGUAAAUAACUGUAAUAAAGUUUAAUUGUUGCUGAUCGUCAUGUGGUCUAUCUGAAAU